AGAGUUCAGUCCUGUUCAAAGCAAAAAGGAGGUCAGAGACCGAGGGCUGGGAGGGUCUCUGUCAGAUAGGAAGCAUGGGGGAGGGCUGUGGGACAGCCUUUUCUACAUACUUAAGGCCAGUGGAGGAGGGGAGCGUGAGUGAAAGGCACAGAGUGAGGGCUUUCCUCCCUUCAUUUUGAAAAGUUUAUCUGGGACUCACUUUUUGGCGAGACUAGGGUACACAGAGCACCAGAACACACCAAUUACAGCUGGGACAGUUUUAUUGAGGAGGAACAGAGAACAAGAUGCCCAGUUUGGAGCAGCGGAAGGUGCGUUCACGUGACGCGGCACGCUGUAGGAGGAGUCAGGAGACUGAAGUGUUUUACGAGCUGGCCCAUUCAUUACCCCUUCCACGACGUAUCGCCUCCCACCUGGACAAAGCUGCCAUCAUGAGGGUGACGCUCAGCUAUCUGCGCAUGAACCGCUUGAUCCAAUCAGCAGGGCUAACCAAAACACCGACUGAAGAAACUGAGAAUCCCACUGAUGCCUUUUAUCAGCAGGCACUGGCUGGCUUUAUUCUGGUGAUGACUGAGGAAGGGGACAUGGUCUUCCUCUCAGAGAGUGUCAGCAAAUACAUCGGCAUAACACAGCUGGAGCUGCUUGGACAGAACGUGUAUGAAUUUGUUCAUCCCUGUGACCAAGAAGAAUUACGAGACAUCCUUGCCACAAGACCUGGCGUUUCAAAGAAAAAGACAGAGAAGUCGACCGAACAUAAUUUUUUUCUUCGGAUGAAGAGCACACUCACCCACACAGGAAGAACAGUUAAUAUCAAGUCUGCAAGCUGGAAGGUCCUUCAUUGCACAGGACACAUGCAGACGUUCAGCGGAGAUAGUGAGAAUGCACCCCCUGCUGGCAGCUUCCUGACUUUGCUGUGCGAACCCAUUCCUCACCCCUCCAGCGUUGAAUUCCCACUAGACAGCAACACUUUCCUCACACGCCAUAACAUGGAUUUGAGUUUCACACAAUGUGAUGGACGAGUCACUGAGCUCAUUGGAUACCAACCCGAUGAUCUGAUUGGCCGGUCUGCCUAUGAGUUUUAUCAUGCCCUUGAUUUUGAUCAUGUGACCAGAAGUUUACACAUCUUGUUCUCCAAGGGCCAGGUGUGCACCAGCCAUUACCGCUUCCUGGCUAAGAAUGGAGGAUUUGUCUGGACUGAGACUCAAGCCACUGUCCUCUACAACAGCAGGACCUCUCAACCCGAGGCUGUGGUCUGCCUCAACUUUAUCCUCAGUGGUGUAGAAGAGGCGGAUGUUGUGUUCUCAUUAGAACAGACCUGUGAGAAACCAAAGCCCAGAGCUGAGAAGCUGAGCGUGCUGAAUGAGGAGGAGGAGGAUAUGGAGGAGGAGAGCAGCACUGCGAAACUCUUCCUCCAGAUGAAGGAGAACCCAGAGGACUUACUGCAGCUGGCACCUCAUUCUGGAGACGCUGUCAUUUCCCUAACAGACGGUGUGGAGUUGUCCUUCUGCCGUCCAUCUAGUCCCAACACUGUCCCAGAAUGCCCUCAGGACUUCUGUACGCCUGAACUCCAUCGGCUCCUUUCUCCAAUAUUCGACAGGCCCACCAAAUCUCCACCCGCUGCGAGCCCCGCUGAAGAGCUGCCCAUGGAGAUGGAAGGGGUGGAAAAGUUCUUCGCCCUCAAACCAGAGGAGAGCGUAACUCUGAAAGGACAAUCAGAGGCUAUGGAUGAGCUUGAUUUGGACAUGUUGGCUCCAUAUAUCUCCAUGGAUGAUGACUUCCAGUUGACCUUCCUGCCCCAGGGUGAAAUGGCUGUACCGUCAGAUAUGCUGACCAAGACUUCAAGGAAACGAUGUUUGGAAGACGAGGAGGAAGAGGACAUUCCUGUUCUGGCUGCCAAAUUGGAGAAGAAACCAAUGAGCGGCUCCAUAGAGGAACAGCUUCUGCUCAGCCACACAUUACUGAAUAGCUUGUCUGAUGAUGGUUUGGAAGAAUUUGAAUCACCACCUCAAAAGCGAAGUCAGCUCUUGACCGACAGGGACCCGCUGCUGGGCGGAGCGCAGGCAUUGUGUGAUACAGCAGCUCUCAUGAGGGACACCUUCCUGUCGCGCCCGCCUGACUUAAAGAGACCCAUUGCUGAAACAAUGGCAUCCCUUACUUGAAGAGAAAACAAUGUGGACGAGUCAUCAGCGAUUACAGUGACCGUUAACAAAGAGAGUUACGAAUAACCCUCUUCACGCUCCGCAUGUAUCAGCGUAACAUGUAUUUCAGAGAGUGACCUUUUACGCACAAAACACAGGAGGACAAUUGGCCUAGACACUCUUGUCCAUUACAUAUGUCAAUAUGUCAACUAUUUUUCUUUUUUUAUUAUUAUUUUAAUUUGUUUUUGCCCAAAUAUUAUAACCAAGAGUAGUGAAAAUAGACUUUAGUUAGUAGAAUUAGUAUAAUAUAGUGAUUGGUAAUGAGUUCUCAACAGAUUUGUCAUUCAGUAGAUUGCGACAUUUCAAACAAAAAAAAAAAUGGUGGUCUGAUCUCCCCUCGUUUUCUGCCGUUCAGUCCGAAUUCGUCCAAAGCACAAAGGCGGUCAAAGUAGGUUCGAAAUGGAAGAUAUACUGGUCAGGAUAUGUUAGAAAUAGUGUUAACAUGUUGUUCUACCACUUGUAGCCUUAAUCUAAACCUAUAAUCUCAUAACUUCAAGCAUAACCUCACUUGACUGUAAGUUUAUCAGAAAGAAGCUUGACGAGAGGAUUUCUUACAGCGGUUCUGUCUAGAAUCAUGGGUUAGAGCGGUGAAGGGCUGACUUUGAGUGGAUGUGAUCAUGCUUUUGAGUUCAUAGAUUAUUCACUGAGGCCAUAGCUGACAAAUGCAACAAAUACUCUAUUGGUGGUCAUCUUUUAAUAAAGCAUUUUAUAUACUUUUGCAAUUACAACUUGUAAGUGAAUCUAUACUUAUGUGUCUUUGGUGUUGAACUACAAAUAUUACUGUUUUCUGUUCUUGUGUCACCUCCAGUAUGAUCUGUAAUGGUUUUCAAAGAGGCUAUGGUGUUGAUGCUGCAGUCGUAUUGACCGAAAACCUUGUCUGAUGUCUUUUUGAAUCCUAAAAUGAGAUGCUAACACGACAAAUGUGCUAAUCAGUUGGUUGAAAGCAUUUGCAGCAAGCGAUCGUCUUUGGUUUUGUCGUUUGUUGAUGUUUCUAGAUCAUCUUUUAUGCAGCAAAGGCUUUUUUAUUUUCCAUUUGACUGUGAAUCAGAUAUAUUCCCUUGAUUUCUGUAGCUAGUACAGACAUGACUCAAGGGGCCUUAUUCAAAUGGUGUCCAAUAAGACAUAUGCCUUUCUCAUAUGGAUAACAGUUCUUCAGAUAUCUUAGACUUUUGUGUAUAUCACUUUGUGUAUUUUUGCAUCAUUUAUUUCCAAUGUAUGUACACCUUGUAUUGACUGAUAAAUAAAUAAAACCUUUUAAAUGCA